AUGAAAAUUGCUUAUUUAUUGUUGUGCUUGGUUGUCAUAUAAGGAAUUGAAUUUGAAUCAUUUUAAUAGGCUAUUGACUUUGAUCCAGCAUCAAUAGGCUCUCCCAAUUGUUAAACAGAUGAUGAAUAUACAAAUACUUAUGAGGCGUAUUGAAAAACAAUAAUGAAAGAUUUUUCCCUUGGAUUACAGUCUUAGAAGAAGGUGAAAUUGAAAUGCAAGAAGAUCACAGUGUUCUAUCAUAGGCUAAAGAGAAGAUCAUUUAAGCUAGGGAAUUUAUAGAGAGUUUGGAUGAAGGUUUAUUUAUUUUUCAUUCUUAGAACUUUAAUAAGAGAAAUAAUAAGAAUCUAAUAAUCAAUAAAAUGAAAGUGUCCCUUAAGUUCAAGAUGUUUAAACAGAAAAAGUUGAAGAAGCAGAAUAAGUAGAUGAGGAUGAUGAAGAAGAAGAUCCUUUUGGUUGGGGAUCUGGUGAAAUUCCUUAAUUAUUAGUACAUAAGAAAGAGAGAAAAGCUCAUAAAAAUACUCAUGCAUUUAUUUAAAUAAUGAAUGGAAAUAAAUUAUCAAAGUUCAAGAGUGUAUGAUAUUAUUAUUGAUGAUUAGAAAAUCAGUAAAUUAAUUUCAAUGGCUACUGAAAUGUAGGAUAAUUAGGAUGAAGAUGGUUAGAAAAGAAGAUAGAGAAAAAUUGAAUUAUGUGAUGAGAUUAUAGAUGAGUUAACAGAUAUGAUAUUGUUUUUAGAAAAAGUGAUGAAUGAUUAUGUAAAUUAUGUUAUGAUAUAUAUAUAUUAGGACUAUUAAAAUGAAAUCUAUGAAUUAUUUAAGUAAAAGUAACAAUAGAUUUAAGAAGUUGCAACUAAUUGUGGUUAAAGAGUAAUUAGUUAUUAGGAUGUAAGUUUGAUUGAAGAGAAGAAAUCAUAAGAGAAAAAGAAAAUAUAACAUCAAAUUAAAUCAAAGAGAAGAAAUCCAGUUAGUUUUUUAUAAAUUGUUAUUGAUGAUGAAGAAAGUUAAUAACAUUAAUUAGAAUACUAAAAAUAAAUAUUAUAGAGUUAAGGAAUGUUAGGAUUCUUGAGAGCAUCUGGAAAAUAAGUAAAAUUGAUAUAGUGA